CCGCGUCCCAGCCGCCAUGUUGUCGCAAAGGUCAGGAAAGGCCAAGCUCGACGACGUCACUCGCAUCCUCUCCGACCUGCAGGCCGAGCUCGACGCAAACAAACUCUCAGUUGAGCAACGGCGGGGCCUGCUCGAGCAGCUCAAGGUAUAUGGGCGCUCAGUCGACAACGCCGACCCCAUAUUCACCCACCAUGGCCUCCAAACAUUGGGACGAUAUGCGUUCCACGGCGCCACCACCCCGGCCUCACAAGAGGCCCUGCGCUGCAUAGCCAACGCGCUGCUGCUCCAGCCCAAGACCCGCCAGAUGCUCGUCGACCUAGGCCAUGGCCCCCAUGCAGCAGAGAAGCUAAAGAGCGACAGCGUCGACGACGAAUUCCUCGCCGCGCGCGUCCUCUUUCUCAUGACUUACGAUGCGAAUCUCGACUACACCCAGCUCGUGCGCGAGAACCAACUAGCAGACAGCAUCAACGCCGCCAUACAACGACAUGCCCAGCGCUACUCGACAGACGCGAGCAAGCCCUCCCAAGGACACACACAACCCAUGGACAUCAUGGCGCUCGCCGAGACGCUCAAGCUCGUCUUCAACAUUAUCCACUUCCACCAAGACCUCAACCCGCACUUCACAAAGUCGAUCCCCAACGUCUUCAAGAUCCUCGUCCAGCGAGGCAUCACGCAGCCACCCCUCGCGGCGCCCGCCCGCGAACUCGUCAACGCGCUUCUGCAUCUCCAUCUCGAAAGCGCAGAGGGCAAGCAAGCCACGUUCCCAGCGGCAGACCCCAAACGCAACGCCGAGCACCUGGUCAAGAUCCUCGACAAAGCCAUCGUCGCAUACCCCGACAAAGACCUCGACGACACCAUCACCCCCGUCGUCACGCUCCUCCGCAGCAUAUACGAAAUCGCGCCCGACGCCGUCCAAACCGCCAUGCAGAAAAUGAUCCUGCCCACCCCCGAGGAACGCGACGAGCCCCUCGGCAAAUCAGACACGCUGCCCUCGCGCCUGCUCAACCUCUCCACCUCUGCAAACACCGCCACCCUGCGCGGCUCCAUCUCCUCCAUGCUCUUCGAGCUGUCGCACAAGGACCCCGCGACUUUUGUGCAUAACGUUGGUUACGGCUUUGCAUCGGGUUACCUCAUGUCGAAUAACAUUCAGAUGCCCGACGACGUCAUCAAGGCGCAUGCGCAUGAAAAUGCAAAUGACGGCAUUCCCAUAAACCCCAUUACGGGACAGCGCCUCGACAAGGAGGAGCACGUGCACAUGGAGCCCAUGACGCAGGAGGAGAAGGAGAGAGAGGCUGAGCGCUUGUUUGUUUUGUUUGAAAGACUCAAAGCCACCGGCGUCGUCAACGUGCAGAAUCCCGUCGAGCAAGCAUAUCGCUCUGGCCGCAUACAAGAGUUGCCUGAUGAUUCGGAUUGAGCGAGAUUCUCUCCAUAAUAUGCAAUAUACUGGCUUAUCAUGGCAUCCUUGAACUACUUGCAGAAUCUACAAGGGCAAAAAUUAUCAUAUAAAGCCUAGAUACAUAAAAUGUGAAUAUCCGAAUAUGCAUGUAAAGAAAAC